AUGGCUUUCCUCAAGUACGCGCUUCCCGCCCUCCUGGCCACCCAGGCCGUCUUCGCUGCCGACUGCGGUGAUGGUGAUACCAUCAAAAUCGAGAACCAGUCCGAUGCCGACGGCUACUCCAGCUGCAAGACCGUCAAGGGUGACAUCGAGGUCAGCGAGCACUACACCGGUGACCUGAACCUGAACGGCGUCCAGGAGAUCGAUGGCAGUUUGUCCGUCGAGGGUGCUUCCAACAUGACCUCCCUGACCGGCUCCAGCCUGGAGUCCAUCACCUCCACCUUCAAGCUGAGCGGUCUGACUACCCUCACCACCCUCAGCUUCGGCUCCCUGACCUCGGUCGACAAGAUCUCCUUCACCGCCCUCCCCAACCUGCAGACUCUCGACUUCAGCAAGGGUGUCACUGAGGCCACCAGCGUCACCAUCACCAACACUGGUCUCACCAGCCUGGACGGAAUCUCCCUCAAGCAGGUCGAGACCUUCGAUAUCACCGAGAACACUCAGCUGAAGACGGUCAACGUGAACAACCUGAAGAACGCCACUGGUCUCAUCAACUUCGCCGGUAACCUCGACUCGCUGGAGAUUGAGCUGCCCAACCUGUCGGGCGGUCAGAACAUGACCUUCCGUAACGUCAGCUCCGUCUCCAUUCCUUCCCUCAAGGAGCUCUCCGGUCAGCUCGGUUUCUGGGGUGACAGCUUCACCUCCUUUGCUGCCCCCAACCUGACCGAGACUGGUGACCUGGUCUUCGUCGACAACUCCAAGGUCUCCAACAUCAGCAUGCCUCAGCUCAAGACCGUCAAUGGUGGCUUCCAGAUUGCUCGUAACGACAAGCUCUCUACCAUCGACUUCCCCAAGUUGGCUACCGUGACCGGUGCCAUUGACUUCAGCGGCAAGUUUGACAAGGCCAGCCUCCCCGCUCUGGAGAACGUCAAGGGUGGCUUCAACAUGCAGUCCACUGGCAACUUCAGCUGCGACUCCUUCCAGAAGCUCCACAGCGACAAGGUCAUCCGUGGCUCUUUCCAGUGCAAGUCCGACACCGCCAACCCCACCACCAAGGAUGGCAGCUCUGGCUCCUCCUCUGGCUCUUCGGCCUCGACCACCAGCGAGGGUGCUGCCCCGAUGAACGGUGCCAACAUGCCCGUCAUGGGUGUUGCCGCCGUGUUCGGUGCUCUGCUCCAGUUCCUGUAA